UCGAUAUAAUGGUUGCCAUAGCUUCUGGCACACGCGAAUCAGGAAUUGCGACCACCGAGGGGCUGUCUACCUCCUUCAAAAGCCUGUGCACGAUAAUUGGCGUGAGAGCUAUAAGAGGAUCUACCAUAGCUGAAGACGAAGAGUGCACAGCCGUGCCUGUGGCCGACCUGAGAACGGCUGAUGUUCUCACAUACGAUGCAGCAAUCGAUCCAGAAGGCAAAGAUUACAGUGCGGAGACGCAUAUCCCCAGUGAAGAAAAGCAGAAGGCGUGCAACGUCAGAGACCAAUCUUUAUUUGAAGGGGAAGAAGAUGACAAGAAGGUUGACGGCGCUUGCGCGGCAAUGGUGAACACUGCGCUAGAAAAACAGGUAAUAGGAGAGGAGUUUGUUGCCACAUCGGAAAGCGGCAUGACCAUCAAGACUAAGGUGAUGGAGAACAUGACCCACGGGGCGCUGGAUGUCGGUGAGAAUGGCGGUGGUAUCGAGACUGGAGAACAUUUCUGUCCGACUGGUAACUGCGAAGACCCAGUAGCCGUAGCUAUGACUGACUAUCCUACAAACUCGAAGUCGAGUUCAGAAGGAGCAUCGAAACUCAGUUCAAGUGCGAAUGUAAUCUCGAUCGAUUUUAAGUCACGAGACGGCCUAUCCGAUGUGAAAGUCGCCAACUUGACCGAACCGAUUCGAAUAAAACUGCCCAAGGCCGUUAAAAAUAUGUCGGCACCAGGCGAUCUCAAUUGCACUGACUGCACACCCGGCCCAAGCCCCAUCAAUACUACAGCAGCCCUAAGGAACAAGCGGACGUCCCUCAUCUACUCACAAUUCUCUCUCACGCAGCCAGAUAGCGCAUUCAACAUAGAAAUCUACCUAUUGAGCAACGUUUCUCACCGAAUGUUUGUUUUGGUUGGCAUUGGUCGCCAGCCCACGAUGAAGAACCAUGAGUUUUUCAAAAUGGUCGAUGAAUUUCCUGUGGUAACGAUGGAGCCGGAGCGGGUCGACGCGCUGGUCAAAUACGACUGGUUUGUCAGCAGCGACAUCGUCAACAAUCGCACAGGUCGCGCUUUUGUCGCAGUUGGUGAACUGAAGGACUCCCUGGACCUAGGCGCAACCAAACAAAGGUUGGAUACAAACGAAACUGUAGUUGGUGCGCGUGCCAGUGACUUGCUUACGUCCACGUUCUCCACAGAUUAUAUGAUACGCACAUUCACAUCUGGCUGCUAUUACUACAAAGAAGAUUGGAAUAUGUGGACGUCUGAUGGCCUGCGCUGCGUGGGUGCUGACGAACGAUCAGUUACAUGUGAGAGCACUCACUUGACCAUGUUUGGAUCUGGCUUUGUCGUAGAACCCAACACCAUAGACUUUGCGUACGUUUUCGCCAAUGCCUCAUUUACUGACAAUCUGACUAUUUACAUGACCAUGAUUGUCUCCCUUGGUCUGUACUUCAUCCUGGUCAUUUGGGCUCGCUGGCAGGACAAAAAGGACGUGGAAAAACUGGGCGCCUGGCCAAUGCCAGACAAUACAGCGACGGACAAGUAUCUUUACGAAGUCAUGGUUUUUACAGGACACAAAGGCAACGCGGCCACGGACUCCACGGUUUCAUUGAUUCUCUCCGGCGAUAAGGACGAGACGCCGAUCCGCACCUUCGGCGAACCAAAACGCCGAUUUUUCCGAAAGGGGGGCCAGGACGUGUUUGUAAUGGCCUGCCCUCGACCAUUGGGUGACCUGCAGUACCUGCGCAUCUGGCACGACAACUCGGGGCGUGGCCGCUACGGCUCUUGGUACCUGCAGUACAUCCAUAUCCGAGAUGUGCAGACUGGCAAGCACUAUGAUUUCGUGGGUGAUCGAUGGCUAGCACUGGAAGAGGACGAUGGCCAGAUUGACAGACUCAUCGCCGUGGCUGGCAAGGAGCAGCUCGGGCAGUUCUCGCAUCUGUUUUCGCACACUUCGCAGAAAAAUCUAGCCGACGGCCACCUGUGGUUUUCUGUGUUUCUGCGCCCACCACGCUCUCGGUUCACUCGUGUCCAGCGUGUCUCGGCCUGCUUUGCGCUUCUGUUCCUCUCCAUGAUGGUGAACGCCAUGUGGUACGGUGUCGUGCCAUCCACACCUUCCGCUGGCGCCAUUAACUUUGGUCCCAUGUCACUCUCUCCGCAACAGAUCUCUGUGGGAGUCAUGUCAAACCUGAUUGUGUUUCCACCCUCCUUCCUCAUUGUAUUCCUCUUCAGAAAGGCUCGCACACGGACGCUGCGAAAGUCACGCAUCGACGACGCUCUAGACAAACAACCCUUCGGCAACCAAGUCAAAAAGUCCGACCGACCGCAGUCCGCAGCGAGCCACUCUGGGAAGGACGACAGCACGGAUAAGAAGAAGAAAAAGUUCCUGCUGCCUUGGUGGUGCAGAAUCAUCGCGUGGCUAUUGUGCGUGAUCUGUUUGUUCGGAUCUGCCUUCAUCGUCUGGUCAUACGGCGUCCAGUUCGGAAACGAGAAAACCACCAAGUGGUUGACUUCCUUGCUGAUUUCCUUUUUCUCCUCGAUCCUUAUCAUCCAGCCAAUAAAAGUGUUCUUGCUAGCCACGAUUUUCUCGGCUAAGUGA